AUGCCUCCAAUACCGCAAGGCGCGAAACCUCUCCCCAGGAUCAUCACCUACUACCAAACCCACCAUGACUCCGCCGGCAAACCCAUCUCUCCCCUCCCGCUCCUCACCCAGCCCGGCAUCUCAUUAACGCACCUCAUCCUCGCCGCCAUCCACCUCAACGAGGACCCAAACCACAUCACCCUCAACGACCACCCCCCUCACCACCCCCGCUUCGAAACCCUCUGGGCCGAGCUCCGCAUCCUCCAAGCCUCCGGCGUCAAAGUCCUGGGCAUGCUCGGCGGAGCCGCCAAAGGCUCAUACACGCGCCUCGACGGCUCUGACGCGCAAUUCGAAAGAUACUAUCUUCCCUUGCGAGACAUGAUUCGCGCGCGUGGCCUCGACGGCCUGGACCUCGACGUCGAAGAGGAAAUGUCUUUGGGCGGCGUCGUUAAGCUCAUUGACCGUCUAAGAAGCGACUUUGGCAAGGGCUUCCUCAUCACGCUCGCACCCGUCGCCGCCGCUCUCCUGGACCACAGGAGUAACCUUAGCGGCUUCGACUACGAGGCCUUGGAAGUCAUGCGCGGCCAUGAAAUCUCGUGGUACAAUGCUCAGUUCUACUGUGGCUGGGGUGAUAUGAACAACCCCAUCAUGUACGAAAUGAUCAUACGAAAAGGCUGGCCCAUCGAAAAGGUCGUUAUUGGGCUUGUUACAAAUCCAGCCAAUGGCAGCGGGUUUGUCAUGUGGGAGUUUCUCUCUGCCGUCCUGACUUUGCUCCGAGGUCGUCAUGAGCGGUUCGGAGGUGUCAUGGGGUGGGAGUACUUCAAUAGUCUUCCGGGUGGGCAUGAGAGGCCAUGGGAAUGGGCGAGGCAGAUGACUUCUGUUCUGAGGCAGGAGGAUUCUUUACCAAGCAUCCAACCUCCACCGAUUAACGUGGCAACUAAACCUGUGCUGGAGGUAGAGGCUGAUCCUGACGCCUCUAACGGCAAGCCUGUUCAAGUUCCUAAGGCAUUCGACUACUAUUCAGACGGCUCAGAUGCGUGA